AUGGAGCGACAGACGAGCGCGGCUGUUGAGGAGGAGUUGGUGGAGGGGUAUGCAGGGAUUGCCCUGCAUGACGAAGACGACGUACUGGUAUCAGCUGAAGAGUUCGUCCCGGUGGAGACGGGAGAGAACCGGCGAACGUGGGUGCUGGUCGGCAGAUUUUUGACGAGACGCAUGGUGAAACUGGAGUUCAUGCGGGAGCGUGUGUUGGAUGAGGGGCCGUGGUCGUUCGAUAAUCACACUUUGGUGUGUACACUGGUGGAUGAUGGGAUACUUCCGGUGGAUAUGGUGCUUGAUAGUGUUGAUAUGUGGGUUCAGGAGCAGGUUGGUAAUUUCCUUGGUGGGUUUGUGAAGGGGGAUGAGAGGUUUGAUGACCGGCCGUGGAAGGCGUUUUACCGAAUCCGUGUCAGUAUUCCGGUGGCUAAGCCCUUGCGGAGGAGGAUGAAGUUGGCAUCCAGAAAGAAACCUGAUUUUAUUUUUCUUAUGGAGACGAAGGUUGGUAGGGAUCAUGCUGAGUGGUUACGUGUGAAACUGGGGUUUCAGGGUCUGUUCUAUGUGGAUAAUAGGGGGUUGAGUGGUGGCUUGGCCUUGUUGUGGAAAACAAAUGAUACGUAUGAGAAGAGGGGAUGGUUUCAGCAUCCUGAAUCGUUAUUGAGAGGUUUUGGUGAAGCGUUGGAUGAUUGUGGUUUGGUGCAGAUCCCUAUGAUUGGGUACCAAUUUACUUGGGAAAAGGGGGAAGGCACGGAGACUUGGGUGGAGGAGAAGUUGGAUAUGGUUGUGGCGUGUGAUGAGUGGCGGGUGGUAGUGGAGGGUGCAAGGGUCUAUAAUAUUCUUACUAGGAGAUCGGACCAUUCGGCUCUAUUCCUGGACAUUCGGCCAGGCGUGGGGAACCGUGUAGGGCCUCAACAGUUUCGUUUUGAGAUGGCCUGGUUACUGGAUGAGGGCUGUAGGGAGGUGGUGGAGGAGGCGUGGGGACAUGGGAUUGAAGAUUUGCAGACCCGGUUGGAGAGGUGUGGUAUGAGGCUUCAGAGUUGGGGUGGUGAUCGUUUCCUUAAGUUUGGAGAGCGAAUCGCUAGUCUCAAGAAACAAAAGAUGAAUUGUCGGGGCCGUAUGAGCCCUCAGGCGUUGGAGGACUUUCGCCGUCUGGAAACUUAUAUGAACCUAGUCCAAGAAACUGAAUUGGUAAGGCUUGAGAAGCAGGAUGAUGUAUUCUGGAGGCAAAGAGCUAAGCAGUACUGGCUUCGUGGGGCGGAUGCAAACACUCGUUUCUAUCACAGGUAUGCUUCUGCCCGUAAACGUAAGAAUACUAUUUUACGCCUUAGAGAUGACUUGGGAGGUUGGGUAGAUGGUGAUGCAAUGAAACCGGUUGUAAUGAAUUAUUUUAAAGACAUUUUUACUGUUAAUCCGGUUGUGAAUGAUGGGUCGGGCUUUUUUGCCUCUAUCUCCACUCGUGUAACCCAGUCUCAUAAUGAUUGGUUGAAUCGACCUUAUGAUCCGGGGGAGGUUAGGGAUGCUUUGUUUGCUAUGUUUCCAGACAAGGCCCCGGGUCCGGAUGGAAUGAAUCCGGGCUUUUAUCAGAAAUUUUGGGAUAUUGUUGGGACAGAUGUCACUGGUUUUAUGCUGGAAUGUUUAAAUAUGGGGGCUUUCCCACCUGGCCUUAAUGAGUCAAAUAUUGUGCUUAUUCCAAAAACGCAGUCCCCGGAGAUGGUAACGGAUCUGCGUCUGAUCACCCUGAGUAACGUUGUGUAUAAGGUAGCUGCGAAAGUUAUUGCUAACCGUAUGAAGCCCCUGUUGGGUGAUGUUAUUUCUGUUUCGCAAAGUGCUUUUAUCCCUGGCAGGUUGAUAACGGAUAACAUUUUGAUUGCUGCUGAGGUAGGCCAUUUCCUAAACAGGAAACAGUUGGGAAAGGUGGGAUGGGGAGCACUGAAGUUAGAUAUGGCGAAGGCGUAUAAUAGAAUGGAGUGGUCGUUCUUGAGAAAGAUGAUGUUGGCGUUGGGUUUUCAGGUUAGGUGGGUGAAUCUGAUUAUGGAAUGUGUUACUACAGUAUCAUAUAAUGUCAUGAUUAAUGGUGUGUCUGGAGAAGGGUUAUCAUUGUUAUUACAGCAGGCUCUGGAUAGAGGUGUAGUACAUGGAUUAAGAGUGGCGAGAGGGGCCCCUGCUCUCUCACAUUUCUUUUUUGCGGAUGACAGUCUGUUGUUUUUCAAGGCAAAUGUGGAUGAGGCACAGGCGACCAAACGGUGUCUUACAUUCUAUGAGGAGCUCUCUGGCCAGACCAUUAAAUAUCACAAAUUGAAUAUUUGUUUUAGUAGAAACACUCAGCAAGUGGAUAGGGAUAUGGUGGCUGCAGUAUUUGGGGUUCAGCAAGCGGCAAAUUUUGGAAAGUAUUUAGGCUUGCCGGCUUUUGUGGGAAGGAAUAAGCGUGCGGUGUUUGCAUAUGUGGAGGAUAAGGAGAGACAGAGAAUUGGCUCAUGGAAUAAGAAACUUCUGCCACGGGCAGGGAAAGAAGUUUUGUUGAAAUCUGUGGCUCAGCCUGAUUCUCUGUGUAAAAAUCUGGAGUGUGUUAUGAAUAAAUUCUGGUGGCGUAAUGGGAGGGAUGGGGGUGGAAUUCACUGGCUUGCUUGGGAUAAAUUGAGUAUACCAAAGAAGUAUGGUGGAUUAGGCUUCAAGGAUUUGAGAGCUUUUAAUUUAGCUAUGCUGGGCAAGCAGGGUUGGAGGUUUCUGAAUAAUCCCCAAUCACUGGUAGCGAAGGUGUAUAAAGCCAGGUAUUACCCAAAUUCUGAUUUUCUGAAUGCCCCUCUAUUAGGGGAUUCUGCCCCAAGAAUCGUGUCGGAUAAACCCCCUCAUUUGGGGGAGGUUAAAGUGCAGUCUGGAUUAAUAGACCCCGCAUCCUCUACCUGGGACAUUCCUUUACUUAAUGAGUUAUUUUCAUUCGAAGAUGUAGAGCGUAUUACUACUAUACCAAUUAGUCCUGCCUUUGAUGAUUUGUGGUAUUGGCAUGGGUACCCAAAAGGAAAUUAUACAGUGAAGGGCGCUUACUGUGAAUUAAUGGGGACCGUUAUUGUACCCCCAGUGGCUUCUCAUCUUGGAAUAAAAAUUUGGAACCUAAAGGCUCCCCCUAAGUGGAAAGUUUUCUUGUGGAGAGCGAGUACGGUGGGUGAUGAUUUUGGUGCAUGGCUCGAAUUAUUAUUGCAAAAUGUUGAUGAAAAUCAUUUCACUUCUAUGGUGGCCAUCAUGUACCAUAUUUGGCUACAACUGAACUCGGCGGUGUGGGAGUUCAAGGUGGGAAGGCCAGCGCAGGUGCAUGCGAAGGCAUUGGCAUCCCUUGAUGCUUGGCGUACGGCUAUGGUUAGCCCAGAUCGGCAGCGGCAGCACACUGCAUCCAGUGUCGCGGCUGGGCAGUCGCCCUUGGCGCUGCAAUGCUCCUUCGACGCAGCAUUCUCGGCCGCAACAAGGAGAUGGGCCUUUGGCCUUGUGUUGCAAGACGCGGAUGAUGCUUUCAUUGCGACCAAGAACAGCCCUCUACCGUUGUGCUAG